AUGGCCUGGCACGCCAAACUUGCGCUGGUGCUGGCUCUGGUCUACCCAGCGAACGCCGCCUGGUGCUCCGGCAAGUCAGACGCCUGCUCCUCAAACCCGAUCCCGCUGCGACAAUUCAACGAGCUCAACUUCCACGCCGAUACAUGCAACCUCAAGUGGAAUCUCGGCUGCACCAAGUUGAACGACCACGGCGAGCUGCAGCAGAAGCCGCCGCCGUACCCGCUAUGCAAUUCCGGGCACCAGCCGGCCGGUCUGGUGCCCGUCGACGCGUACACGUUGUCGUUGCAGAACAACAACUUCGCACCGGGCUCGGCCAAAUGGACGUUGCACGGUCUGUGGCCUGGGUCGGCCGACGGCUCUGGCGCCAUCAACCAGCCCUACGGCUGCCUGCACGGCGAGGAGUUCGACGAGACCAUCCUCACGACCUUUGGCGGCCUGCUCAACUACUACUGGCCGACAAACGCAAAGUUCAACAACACAAUGCAAUGCUUCAUCCUGUCAGAGUGGAUGAAGCACGGCACCUGCGCAGAGGACUAUUUCCGCACAGCGUUUGUAAUUGCCAACGAGUUCAACGAAAACCCGGCCCUGCGCAACCAGCUGCUGGGAAAAGUCAAGCUGGACGACGUAGAGCCGCUCAUUAGCACCCGCUGCGUGCAGUGCGCGUAUCUGGCAACGGAGGGCUGGACAGGCACUGAGGUGGCGAGCGUGCCGCGGAUGUCGGCCGACUGCCUUGACCAGUGCUUUGAGUGCGGUGACUUCUGGGACACAUGCCUGCCGGCCCAGCUGGAAAGUACCGUGAUGCUGAACACGAGCAACGCGCCGCGGAAGGAGAGCGGCAGCAGCAGCAGCAGCAAUGGAACUGCAAGCUUCCCGUUACUGGAAUUUGCCAUGCCGGCACUUAUAAGCAGCGAAAAUACUUCCCCAUGGGAGGGCACCUGGCGCUCGUUUGGCGCCGAGCAGGGCGGGUCCGGCAAGUUUGAGUUUGCGCAGACCUUUACGGACAACGUCCUGACCGUCACCACCGACAGCCCAUACCCCAAUAGGUGCACCUACGCGCGCCGCGGCCCCAAGGAGCUGGUCCUGCGAUGCGAAGGCGACCAUUUGGAGGACUGUCUGGUGCAGCGGUUGCCGGAUGUUGGCGGGCUCGAGGUGGCCUUUCUGGCAUGCAACCACACCGGAGAGCCGGCGCCAGCGAGCUUCUACGCCGCUAUGGACACAACAUGGUGCGGCAACUUUCUCAUGUUCCGCUGUAAGGCUUCAGAGGCGGGCUGUUCCUUUUCCCCGGAUGCCAUCUCGGCGUCUGAGCCCAAGACCGAGACCAAGACUGAGCCCGAGUCCGAGUCCAAGCCCAGCCCUGUGAGCCACUUCCAGCCUGGCAUUGCCGGAGCACCUCCCUCGCUGCUGGGCUCGUGGCGCUCAUUGCAGGUGUCUAGCGACUAUGAAAAGGGCCUUGCACGAUGGGACUUCACUGCCGACGGCCAAGCAUCGUUGCAGUGGCCAAACUACUCCGACCGCACCGUACAGCGCUACUCAGUCUCGCACUCGGAUGAGGACCCCAGCCUGGUGCUCCUCGCCAGCACCAGUGGCACUAUCACCACCUGUCGCUUCGAGUUCCAGUACCAGCCGGUGUACUCGUACGCCGUGCUCGACUGCGGAGCGACGAAAUGGGCCAUGGGCCGGUGCAACCCGUGCAGCGCCCAUUGUCGCUACUCGUGCGGCCCGGAAAAUGACUUCUGCGGCGCCGGUUCGUGCGAUCCGGACGAGUCGGUGGAAGCAGUAUCCGUCGACACCCUGCCCUCCCUGUCUGACAAUACGCGCACAACACUCAAACCUGACUGGUGCACGCCCGAAGACCCCGACUGCUGGCCCACCCAGACGGCCAUCCGCAAGCUGGAACAGGAGCUGGACCCCACAGUGCCCCGACUCGGUGUCCGGUGGCAUAGCUACCCAGACCCGCAGCCGGCGCCGGUACCAUCGGGCUCCUUUAAUGACCAGUCCUUCUACGGGCUCGGUGACACGCCCCAGGGCCUCAAGGCGUUAUACUACUACGAGGACAUCGCCGAGAUGCAGCGCCCAUGUUUCAACGCGACCAAAAACCCUGCCGAGUGGAACACCGCGUCCGACAUUUGCAAGGCGGCUGUGCACCAAAAUGAGUACCGGAACUGGAACCCCUUCAUCGUUGUCUUCCCGCUCAACGAGCGGCAUGUGGUAGCCGCUCUCAACUUUGCCGUGCGGCACCGCCUGUGUAUCUCCACUUCCGGCACCGGCCACGAGUACAACAGCCGCAACUCGUGCCCGACUGGCGGCAUCCUCAUCCGCACAAUUCUGCUUAAGGACAAGACCUUUAUGCCUACCUGGAGCGAGGACCUAACACUGGCUCCUGCUGGCGCAUUCCGCUUUGGCGCCGGCACCACCUUCGCCGAGAUGCACGCCUUCUCAGGAAACCACUCCCGCGUUAUUGCAUCGGGCUGGUGCUCCACGGUCGGCAUGGUCGGCUUCCAUCUCGGCGGCGGCCAUGGGCCGUUUGCGCCGUCCAUGGGCCUCGGCGUUGACAACGUGCUUGAGAUUGAAGUUCUGCAGAUCGGCCGCAACAGUCACGGCCAGUCCGUCGUCCACAAGAAGAUCGCCAGUCGCACCCGCAAUCCUCAGCUCUUCUGGGCCAUGCGCGGCGGCGGUGGCAGCGUCUGGGGCGUCAUCCUCUCCAUGACCAUCCGCGCCCACGCCGUGCCCGACGGCGGUCUCAGCCGCGUCUACAUCUACCAGAACGGCACCUUUUGCCCAGACUCGCGCAAGUACGGUUACCAGUGGCUGCCCGGCAUGUGGGAUCGCUUCACCAAGUGGCAACUAGGCCUUAAUCAAAAGUUCAAAUUCGAGUACAUCUACGCCGGCGGUCAGUCAGAGCCAGACUACAUCCGGUUCCGCGACGAGCUCAAGGCCGUGCUGCAGAACGACACCGUGCAGGAGGACAACUACGCGUCAGCGUAUGACUACCUGCUCUCCAUGCCGCCCAACAAGUUCACGCUCAUCCCUACAAAUCCUUUGCCAGCACCUCUGCACCCGCCCUCGGACUUGGCCACGGGUUCUCAGAACUCCGUCUUCGUCUCUCGUCAGGCCUUGGAAACGCAGUUCACGUCAACCAUGAUGGACGUUUUGGGCAUCUGCAUCGACACCCUGCAAAACCCCGACACCUCCUCGCCGGACACCUCAGGGCCGGGCUACCGCUGCGGCUUCCACUACCUGUACACAUCACUAACAGGUAACCUGGGCAGCACGCAGCCUGGCGACACGGCCAUUUCGCCUGGCUUCCGGUCGGCGGUCAUGUUGUGGAAUGCGCGCACGUUGACGACGCAGCAGGCACAGGACACGGUGUAUAAGCUGGGGCCGCACAGCUACUUCUCUGAGAGCUCGUAUGUGAUGCAUAACUGGACGGCGAGGUACUGGGGUGGUAAGGGGUAUGAGCAGUUGUUGGCGGUGAAGAGGGCACAUGACCCCGGAAAUCACUUCUGGUGCCAUCAUUGUGUGGGGGAUAAUCCGGGUGAUGCGACUGGGGAUCUGGUGGGUGAUGGGGCGAAGGCUCAGGAUGAGUUUGUCGAGCAAAAUUAG